CCACCAUUCAUCCGUUUCCCACUGCCCGCCCCCGCGGCCUCUGCUCCGCCGCUGCUCUGCUCCCUCCCCGUGCCUCUGACCUGUGCGUGACCUCCUCCUCUGUUCUGCUCUGCUCCCCGCGCCCCGGGACGAGCGAGGGAGAGCGAGCCGCGAGCGCGGGCGCUGGAGGCAGAGAGGGGGGGGGGGGGGGGGGGGGGAGGGGAGGGACCUGCGCUCCGGCAUGGGGAUCGUGGAGGAGGCGCACAACCUGCGGGUGGUGGGGGAGGGGAAGCGCGGGGUGAUCGUGCUGGCGCACGGCUUCGGCACGGACCAGUCCGUGUGGAAGCACCUGGUGCCGCACCUCGUCGCCGACUACCGCGUCGUGCUCUUCGACACCAUGGGCGCCGGGCCCACCAACCCGGACUACUUCGACUUCGCCCGCUACGCCACGCUCGAGGGCUACGCGCUCGACCUCCUCGCCAUCCUCCAGGAGCUCGGCGUCGACUCCUGCAUCUACGUCGGCCACUCCGUCUCCGCCGUCAUCGGCGCGCUCGCCUCCAUCUCCAGGCCCGACCUCUUCACCAAGCUCGUGCUCCUCUCCGCGUCCCCGAGGUACCUGAAUGAUGUGGACUAUUAUGGAGGCUUUGAGCAAGAUGAGCUUGAGGAACUCUUUGAGGCCAUGCGAUCAAACUACAAGGCCUGGUGCUCAGGUUUUGCACCACUUUGUGUUGGAGGAGACAUGGAAUCGGUGGCAGUUCAGGAGUUUAGCCGGACACUAUUCAACAUACGUCCAGACAUUGCACUAAGUGUUGCCCAGACGAUAUUCCAGAGCGACGUGCGCAGCCUCCUCCCGCUCGUUAGUGUCCCAUGCCACAUCAUUCAAAGCACAAAGGAUCUUGCUGUGCCAGUCGUCGUGUCUGAGUACCUGCACAAGCACAUCGGCAGUGAUUCUAUUGUUGAGGUGAUGCCGUCUGAAGGCCAUCUCCCCCAGCUUAGCUCUCCAGACAUUGUCAUCCCCGUCUUGCUCCGACACAUUCAGCAUGAUAUUGCAGUCUAGGUUGGACAACGAUUCCUCCAAGACGAUGAGCAUCCGAAGCUGUCUACUGCCAGUGUUUGUAACCCCCCACCCCGCCCCCCGCCCGCCCGCGUAGUUUUCUACAUAGGAUUGCAUCUCUUUGAUGUUCUAAUAAGAUUUCCAUGUUGUUAUUGGUGGUGGAAAUUGUUGGGGAUUGGACUGUCGGGAAUGCGCCCGGAGGUUAAUCCCAGCCUCGAAAACAUCUCCUAACCGACAGCAGGGCUCCGGUGUUGGGUAACAAGCGCGCACGAAGAGUGUUCGGUGCCAACAAAGACACCGGGGACCGAGAAGCUCACAUUCGGGACCGAAGGUGAGGGCCGAACACUCAGGUGCACAAGCCUGAGGUCCGCAACCUGUGAAGCUUCGAAGGAGUCACCUUCGAGAGACCGAAGGAGACAGUCGAUCGCACCGUCGGCAGUCCGAAGGUGACAAGUGGCUACUCAGAAGCACAAUCUUAAAAAUCAAGACCUUCGCCGCCGACAAACGAAGGAUCCCAUCUUCGGGCGGCCGAAGGUGACGGCUGAUCGCUUGAAGACGGAGCAUUCAGGGGUGCGACCUCCGAAGUACCUCAAAGGACUCGAAGCCCUUCGGCGGGUGUAGCCGUGUGUGUAAAACGUGAAUACGUGAGAAUGUCGGAUUUGUACAUCUCUCACCUUGUAAUUUUACCUCGAAACCGGCUGUAAGUGAGCUGUAAAUGAGUUGGAAGGGGGCAAUUUGGGGAAACCUGGCCGAGGCCUAGGGGUAUAAAUAGCCCCUUCUCUCCACAGUGUAAUGGGUGGAAUUUUUUGGUUAUUGCUGGAGAAUUAAGUGUCUACUUUCAUUGCCAUUUUCAUACUAUUCAUGCUCCAUGUUUGGGUAUCUAAGAAGCUGAGAUCCCAACAGCGGCGCCCACCGUUCCAGCUCGAAAAACAACCUUCGAUGGCCCCAGCGAAGAAGAAAGCCUCCGCCGGCACCACAAGCAACACCACUGAGCAGCACGAGCAGCACGAAGAAGCCAACACACGAAUUGAAGACAUCAACAACGAAACUGUUCUUCAUGGAGAUCCGGUUGAUCACACCGAAAACACUGAAGCUCAUCAAAACCAAUCCGCGGAGCUCACAGAAACAGCACUCAAGUUCAAGGCCCUUGAAAUGAAGAAAAGGAACAUCGAAGCUCAUCUCGCCACCAAAAAGAGGGCACUGGACCAGGCAAACAAACUAGCUGAGGCCAGGCGCAAACUAGCAGAAAUGGAGGCGGAAGUUGAGAAUUUGCAGAGGGCAUACCAAGAAAUGCCCGAAGGUUCUGUCCAACAACAAAACCGCACCAUCCACCAGACAACCUUCGCUCACAAUGAAGACCGAAGGCCACCACCGGUCAACCUCCCAUAUGACCCGACCUCACCACUCUCAGUCGCUCUGCAGCGAACUUCAUGGCCGCUCGGCUACAAGCCUACACAGCUCCCCAAGUACAAUGCAACAACUGAUCCAACCCAGUUCCUCAUGGCCUACGAAGCAACCAUCGCUUCGGCCGGAGGUGACGACUCAACCAUGGCCAAGUCCUUCGUCAUGGCUUGCGAAGGUUCUGUGGCCAACUGGUAUUCAUACCUUCCCCCACAAUCAAUCAAUAACGGGUACCAGCUGAAAGGAAGGCUCCUCCAGGACUUCCAAGGUUUCAGAAGGCUAGAUAACAACACUGUGAAAGAUUUCAAGUGCCCACAGCAUGACCGUGAGCCUCUCUAUGACUAUUUCCGGAGGUUCGUUCAGAAGAAGGCUCAAAUCCCAAACUUCCCAGAGAAAGAUGCGAUUGAGAAAUGCAUCGAAGGUCUCCUGCCUGGCCAGCUUGCUUCUCAUCUCACAAGAGAGCCCCCGAGGACCCUGGAGGAGCUCUACACAGAAGCAAAGAAAUACGCGAAGUCAGACGCUGACCACCGCAGAAGAGUAGAGCAAAGAAGAAUCAUGCGUCAGGCAGAAAAAUACAAUCAGCAAACAUGGCAGUAAGAGAAACAGCCAGCUCAGCAACUCAUUUUACUUGUGGAACCCUCACAAGAUGAUGAGGAACAAUUAACCUUCGAUCCCUUCAUGAUACCACCAGUGUCGGAACCUCAACACUCAAAUGACAAGCAACCUUCGUCCAGAGCACGGGGCAGAGGUCGCGGCAGAGGAAGGGGCCGAGGUCGUGGACCUUCGCGCGAGCCCAAAAAAUUCUUCUGUCACUUCCACGGGUCUGACUCCGACCACAGAACAAACCAGUGCCCAGAGAAGAAGAAGACCCUUGACAGAAUGGAGUCCGAGAAAAAAGCCAAGCUAGUUGGGCAUACUACAUGGCCUCAGACUCCACAAGCUCCUCAACAAAUACAGUACACACAACCUUCGUUCGUUCCACCCCCCCAUUUACCCAAGCAUACCACCCACCCAUGUUCAACUAUAACUACAACCACAACUGGCAGCCGCAGCCAAACCCGCAAACACAACCCAGUCAACCCACCACCCAAGUUCAACCAACAGAAGAGCAACUGCCACCACCCCCAGCCCACCCACCAAAACAAGAAAACCAAACCACAAAUGGCCACCCCGCGGCACUACCAACCUUCGGGAUGAUCAUGCCCAUCUCCGGAGGAUCCACCUUGGACUUCGAAAACAAUAGACGGCGCAGAGACUACUUCAGGAAAGUCCAUUACAUCGUCUCCGAAGGUCCAACCAAGAGAACCCAGUGGUCACACUCUCCGAUCACCUUCUCCGAAGAAGAUGUCAACCUCAUCAGCUACCCACACACAGAUGCUCUUGUCAUCGAGGCAAACAUUCAGGGCUGGAGGAUUGGCAAGAUACUGGUUGACACUGGCAGCUCUGUAGACAUCAUCUUUUCCGACACCUUCGACAAGAUGGGCAUCGACCGAAGCCUGCUUCAGCCUUCGAAUAUCCCUUUAAUGGGCUUCGGAGGAAACAGAGUGAACGCAAUUGGCAAACUGUCGCUCGCUGUGUCCUUCGGAGACACGGCCAACGCAAGAACAGAGCAUAUCACCUUCGAUGUGGUAGAAAUGCCCUACCCAUACUGCGCAAUCCUAGGAAGGGUGACAAUCAACAAGUUCGAAGCUAUCGUUCAUCAAUUGUACUUGUGCAUGAAGAUUCCAGCUCCCGCGGGGGUCAUCACCGUCCGCGGGGACCAGCAGCUUGCGCGGGACAUAGAGCGGGGAUACACCCCAGGCCAGAAAAAUGUCCACAACCUUCGGACUGAAUCCAAGUCUGCUACCUCCAAAGAGCAGCAGAGAGACCAUGAGAAAGCAACCUUCGAGGAAGACUGCGAAGCCAAGAAGGUCCCCCUUGACGUACAUCUACCCGACAAAAUGGUAACCAUCAAUGCAACCCUCGAGCACGAGGAAAAAAAGAGCUUCUUGAGUUCCUCCGCAAGAAUCAAGAUGUUUUUGCAUGGUCCGCCAGUGACCUAUGGGGCGUCAGCAGAGAUAUCAUUGAGCAUCGCUUGGACAUCAACCCAAACAUCAAGCCAAAGAAGUAGAAGCUUCGCAAAAUGGUAGAUGAAAAAGUCGCAGCAGUCAAGGCCGAAGUCCAGAGACUGCUAGAUGCAAAUGUUAUUUGAGAAGUCAAAUACCCAACAUGGUUGGCAAACACCGUGCCGGUCAAAAAGAAGAAUGGCAAGUGGCGCAUGUGCAUCGAUUUCACUGACCUCAAUAAAGCCUGCCCGAAGGAUGACUUCCCGCUGCCAAGAAUCGACAGAGUCGUCGAUGGUGCGGCAAACAGUCAACUGAUGUCUCUGCUGGAUUGUUUCUCUGGAUACCAUCAGAUUUGGAUGAGGAAAGAAGACGAAGAAAAAACAAGUUUCAUAACCCCCUUCGGUACCUACUGCUUCGUGAGGAUGCCCGAAGGAUUGAAAAAUGCAGGACAAUCUUUUUCAAGAAUGUCUUCGGUGGUCCUGGAGCACCAACUCAGAAGAAAUGUUCUGGCUUAUGUUGAUGAUAUUGUAGUAACCAGUUCAAUAAGAAGUAACCAUGUGGCAGACCUGGCUGAAACCUUCGCAAGCCUAAGAAAAGCAGGGUUGUCCUUGAACCCCAACAAGUGCAUCUUUGGAGUUCACAAAGGAAAUGUGCUUGGAUGCCUCGUGUCCACCAAAGGCAUCGAAGCAAAUCCUGACAAAGUAAAAGCUCUUUGGAACAUGGAGAAGCCAAAGUCCAUCAGAGACGUACAGAAGCUCACAGGGCGGAUAGCAGCCCUAAACAGAUUUAUCCCUCGCUCUGCUGACCGAAGUCUACCAUUCUUCAAGGUCCUUCGCAAUGCAAACAAAUUCGAGUGGGGCCUCGAGCAAAGCGAAGCCCUUCAGGCACUCAAAAACCAUCUCCAGAACAUGGUCAAAAUGACCUCACCUGAACCCAAGGAUGUGUUGCUCCUGUACAUCGCGGCAUCCUACUCUGCUGUCAGUGCAGCGCUCGUACUCGAGAGAGAAAUCGAGGGAAAGAAGAAGCAGCUACCUGUUUACUUCGUAUCCGAAGCUCUUGCAUGCUCGAAGCUCCUGUACUCAGAGCUAGAGAAAAUUGCAUAUGCUAUAGUCAUGUCUGCCCGGAAGCUUCGACACUAUUUCGAAGCUCACAAGAUAAUCGUAGUUACAGAUCAACAGCUGCAUGACUUGUUCAACAACAGAGAGGCCUCAGUCAGGAUUGCUAAAUGGGCUUCGGAACUCUCUGAGUUCUACAUAGACUUCGAGAGAAGAACAGCCAUCAAGUCACAAGUAUUGGCAGACUUCAUUGCCGAAUGGACAUCCCCAAUCUUCAAAGAGGAACCUUCGGCUGAAACCUGGAUCGUGCACUGCGAUGGGGCCUGGUGCAACGACGGAGCGGGUAUCGCUGCAAUCAUAGAAUCUCCUUCGGGAGCAAAAACAAGAUACGCAGCACGUCUAAGCCUCGGCAACCUCGAAUCAUCAACCAACAACACCACCGAGUAUGGAGCCUUGCUCCUGGGCCUUCGCAAAAUGAAAGCCCCGGGCCAUCAAAACUUCAUAAUCAGAACAGAUUCGAAGGUUGUCAGAGACCACAUUGAAAAAGUCUCGGAGGCAAGAAAAUCAGAACUCAUCGAGUACAUCGAUGCCGUCAGAGCCAUGGAGAAGCAUUUCAAGGGCUUCGACAUCGUCCAUAUCCCGAGGCAUAUGAACGACGAAGCUGACAAGCUGGCAAAAGCAGCAUCCAGAAGGGAACAAUUACCCUCGGAUGUAUAUUUCGAAGAAAUCACAGACCUUCGGUCAAGCCGAAAAAAAAGAAAAACUGGUUUCAGUAAUCUCAGCCGAAGAUUGGAGAACAUCUAUAAUGGAGUACCUUCAGGGAAACAUCGAGCUGCCAAAUGAAAAAGAGGAGAAAAAAAUGUUCCAGAGAGCGAGGGGCUAUGUUAUCUCCGAGGGAGAGCUGUUCAAGUCAGGUGUAACCAGCCCAUGGUUAAAGUGCAUCUCGACAACCGAAGGAAUUGAGCUCCUCAAGGAAAUUCACUCCGGGUUUUGUGGAUCCCACAUUGGCUUCAGACAACUUGUCUCCAAAGCCUUCAGGCAAGGAUUCUUCUGGCCAACGGCGCUGAAGGACGCUCAGCACAUAGUGAAAACAUGCCAAGCAUGUCAAAUGAUGGGCCCGAAGUCCUCCAAACCUUCGGAGUCAACUCAGCUGAUACCUCCGACCUGGCCCCUUCAAAGAUGGGGAACAGACCUAGUGGGACCUCUACCCACAGCUCAGGACAAUUACAAGUACGCAUCAGUUGCUGUUGAGUACUUCACAAAGUGGAUCGAAGCUAAGCCACUCAUCAAUAUCACAUCAGAAACAAUCAGAAAAUUUUUCUUGCAGAACAUCAUCUGCAGGUUCGGAGUCCCAAGGGAGAUCACUGUCGAUAACGGCAAACAGUUUGAUUCAUAGCUAUUCGGAGAAUUCUGUUACAGUGUGGGCACGAAGGUAAUCUUUGCCUUAGUGUACCACCCGCAAUCCAACGGGGUAAUCGAAAGAGCCAAUGGUAUCAUCUUCGGAAGCAUCAAAAAGUGCCUGUUUGAUCAGAAAAAUAGCAAAUGGGCCGAUGAACUCCCGAAGGUCAUCUGGUCCCACAACACAUCAGAAUCAAGAACCACCAAGUUCACCCCAUUCAGGCUACUCUAUGGUGCCGAAGCAAUGACACCAGAGGAGCUUAAAAACCGAAGCCUAAGGGUGACCCACCAAGUGGAGUCCAUCCCUUCGGAUGACAAAGAUCUCAUGGAACUAGACAUCCUACAAGCUUCGAAAAACCUAGAGAAGUAUCAACAAGAAACCACGAAGUGGAGAGAAGAAGAUCGUCAAAAAGAGCAUCGAAGUCGGAGAAUGGGUCCUAAAAGGGAAGCCAAAUGCUGAAACCUCCGGCAAACUUCAACCCAAGUGGGAAGGGCCAUUCCUAGUAAUCAAGAGCAACAUGCCAGGGUCAUAUCACCUGUCCGACGCCGAAGGCAAUGAGCUGCUGCAUCCUUGGAAUGCGGAUAGCCUUAAAAAGUACUCCCUCCAUACCCACAAUUCUUGACGUUUAGGACAUGAUUGUGGUAACCAAGGAAUCAUUAAUUAGGGAUAAUUUUUCUCUGUCUACCCCUAUUAAAUGUAGUUGUAGUAUGCUUGACCUAAGAAAUAAACCAAGGGUGGACUGACUAGUCCAGCGUGGAGGGCGCUGUGACGGGCGUGGCGUAGGUUCGAUUCCCCGCGGCCUCAAAAUUUUUGCUGCUUGGGUUUUCUAUGGGACUGCAUGGUAGUACUGUGCAGGGCUAUCGCUGGACGUUCGAUUUUUGCCGUUCGCGCUCGCUGGACAUUUUUGCAUUUUUGCUGCUUGGGUUUUUCAUGGGACUGCAUGGUAGUACUGUGCAGGGCUGCCGCUGGACGUUCGAUUUUUGCCAUUCGCCCUCGCUGGACGUUUUUGCCGCUCCUAGUUUUCGCGAUUUUUGCUCGCUGGAUGUUUUCGCGCUCGUGUUUUCGCUGGAAGUUUUUGGCGCCGCUCCUUGUUUUCGGCUUGGACGAUGAUUGGGUCCGUAUAUUUAUACGCCGGGCCGGAUUGCAACACAAACAAAACACCCGCACAAAUGGCCUUCGAUCUAAACGUGCCUAUACUGGACCUCAACGAGCCUCUACUGGAGGACAUCGGUAAGUUUGCUUCUUUUCUUGCUUCUUUGCUUUCUUGUUUCCUUGCAUCCUUGCUUCCUUGCUUUUCAAUCGGUAAGUAGAACAUGUUGUAGAUGACCACGACACCGCAUCCUUGCCGGCGCUGGAAGACGACGGCGGCGGCAUCGAUGAAGUUGACGACGACGGAGUCGGCGACCUCCAAAACGGAGUCCGCGACGAGCUCGACGAAGGCCGGCACCAACUCGACGGAGUCUGCGACCUCCAGGACGGAGUCCGCGACGAGCUCGACGGAGUACGCGGCGACCUCGAUGUCCUCGGUGACCGGCGAACACGUCCUCGGCGAACGUCUCAUCCGAGUCUGCGAACACCAACGCCGAGCCGUGAUCGAGCUUCCGGCUGGAAUCCAUGGCGGCGCUUGGCCAAGUGAGAUGGAGCGAGGGAGUACUGGCUGCGCGUGGAGACGGAGCGCGAGGGAGGCGCACGAUCAAUGCGCGCGGGAGAGAAACGAGGAGAGCCGCCCCACGCGCGAUAUCAAUGCGACAGCAUGCAUGCGGGAGUGGAACCGAAUGGACAGGGGCAAUCGUGUCAAACCAGUCUCCCACGCGGCCAGAACGUCAACUUUUGAGAAAACGCACAUGUAGGCUAGAACGUCAAGAAUUAUGGGUAUGGAGGGAGUACUACAUAUAAGCUUAUAAAAAGACUGCAUCGCGAAACUAUAAGCGAUCGCGGACCUUCGCAGUUAUUUUCAGUCCCUUUUACAUUGCAAAAGGGCCGUAUUCUUUUCCUCACAAGUGGAAACUCCACACCGGAGGUGAGGUUUUUGACGAGGCGGACCCAUUGUAAACUAUUUCAAUGCAGUGAACUUCCCCCAAACAAAGUGUCACCUUCGCCUAAGCAGCCCAAAUGGCAAGCUUCGGCAAGCAUCUACAUGCUGCACAAAACAGUAAGUUAGCAAAGUAUACAGAAUCCGUAAACUUUGCAUACUUAUCCAAACGAACGCCAAGGGGCUUCGACCUUCUAAAAGGCCCGAACCAAAAAACCUUCGGCACUAAAGGCACAAUAAGUGCAAAACAAACGCCAAGGGGCUUCGACCUUCUAAAAGGUCCGAACCAAAAAACCUUCGGCACAAAAGGCACAAUAAGUGCAAAACGAACGCCAUGGGGCUUCGACCUUCUAAAAGGUCCGAACCCAAAAACUUUCGGCACUAAAGGCACAAUAAGUGCAAAACGAACGCCAUGGGGCUUCGACCUUCUAAAAGGUCCGAACCAAAAAACCUUCGGCACUAAAGGCACAAUAAGUGCAAAACGAACACCAAAGGGCUUCGACCUUUCAAAAGGUCCGAAACAAACAACCUUCAGUAAAAAAGGCACAAAAAGUGCAAAACGAACGCCAAGGGGCCUCGACCUUCUAAAAGGUCCGAAUCAAAAAACCUUCGGCACUAAAGGCACAAUAAGUGCAAAAUGAACGUCAAGGGGCUUCGACCUUCUAAAAGGUACGAACCAAAAAACCUUCGGCACAAAAGGCACAAAAAGUGCAAAACGAACGCCAAUGGGCCUCGACCUUUCAAAAGGCCCGAAUCAAAAAACCUUCGGCACCAAGGGCACAAAAUGUGCAAAAAGAACGCCAAGAGGCUUCGACCUUUCAAAAGGUCCGAAGCAAACAACCUUCGGCAAAAAAGGGGGCUUCGACCUUUAAAACGAACCGAACCAAAAGACCUUCGGCACAAAACAAAAAGAAAAAUACCCUUGGAACGAUCGAAACAUGGAUGCCAGAAAGGGGGGGGAGACAUUUUUCCAUCCAACCCCUCGGCAUCAAUCACUCGAUCCACACGAAACAAAAAGAACAAAACCCCCCGAAGACAACAGCGCGCAAGAAAGGGGGGAGACGUUUUUCCAAAAAUAUAAAAUUUCCGCGCGUUGCCUCGGUGGUAAGCAAAUAAUCUAUCAAGGUUCCACAAAAGAGAACUCCCUUUUCUACAUAAACUGCCUCCGGGCAACGACUCGUUAGGAAGGGGGGAGGCGUUUUUCCAAAAAACAAAACCCUAAUGAGCGUCGCCUCGAAGGAUGCACAUAACAAGGUAUCUCGAAGGAUGCACAAAACACAGGACCUCGAAGGAUGCACAUAACAAGGCACCUCAAAGGAUGCACAAAACACAGCAACUCGAAGGAUGCACAUAACAAGGCAUCUCGAAGGAUGCACAAAACACAACACCUCGAAGGAUGCACAAAAUAAGGCACCUCGAAGGAUGCACAAAAAACAACACCUCGAAGGAUGCACAUAACAAGGCACCUCGUCGGAUGCACAAAUCAAAACACCCGAAGGACAUCUCAGGCAUCUCGAAGGAUGCACACAGAAAGAAAACCCGAAGGAUACGCAAUAAGAAGCCACGUUAAAGGCAAUUGCGAGAAUAACAUACGCUUUGAAAAGCGUCGCGAAGGUCACAUUCAGACGAAAGAGCAAAACAGAUUACAAUGAAUUUCGACCGAACCAGCAUAAAUAUUCUGCACGCUGCAUCCGGGACGAGCAAGGCUGAAAGCCUCCCAGCUCAUCAAUACCAUAGCGUUGUUCAUAUCUUGCACCAUGGGAAUAUUUACAGACCAAGUGCCAAAAACUACCAAAGUAAACUACAAACUAAUCUCUAGACCUGAGCCCCCGAUGAACCACCGGCGUCAUUCCCCGAAGGAGACCUGCGAGCCUCGGACAUUCGAUUGUCCUCCGAAGGCUGAUCAGGAGUCGACCCCUGCACAAAAUAGACGAACCCAAUAAAAAACAAGCAGAAGAAAACCGAACGGUUGCUGGAACCAACCCUACCUCAGUAGCAGCGGCUGCCAGAGUCCGAACGGCGACCUUGCCCGAAGGUUCCCAGAACUGUUCAAAAAACGCAACCUUCACCUCCUGAAUCUUUGCGACCUCCUCAGCCAAACCUUCCUAGGGGACAUACUGAAAACCCUCCAGUCGGGCAAGAUCAACUGCGCCGGCGCGAAGAAGGUUUCCAACAAGCCCCUCGAAGGAAACAGAGGCCGCGUUGUCAUUUCCAACGCUCAUCACCUCACCGAGGCCCUCAAACUCAGACAUCAUCCAAUCCAAGAGCUGAAAGAUGACCUGAGAACCUUCGGCCGGCUCAGGCAAGGGUAAAGGCUCCGCGCCAAGAGCGGCAAGAGCCUUCUUGUACUCUUGGUACACUCCAUCGGCUCGUGAGGCGACCUCGGUGAAGACCUGCUCGAGUUCACCCAUUUUAGCGUGAACCCUCUCCAUCUCGGUGAUCCUCCCCUUGAGGGCAGCCUUCUCAUUUGCGUCCCCCUCAACAGUCCUCCGAAGGCACUCUAGAACCUUCUCAUUACCCGAAGCAGUUGACUCCAGCUUCGAACACUUGACCUUUAGUUGCUGGUUUCCAUCCUUCAGAGCGAGAACCUCCGCCUCAGCCCGCCGUAGUUUGUCAGCUAGACCCAAUCUCUCGGUGGCGCUCGUCACCCGAAGGUCCGCAUCCGCCUUGGCCUUCUGCAUCAAAAUACGGCUGGCGUGGGCAAGCUUCUUGCUCAACUCAGCAACGAUGAAGGCAGCGUCGGAGGUAGACGUCUCUGCCACGGCUGCAUUAAACUCUGAAUCAAACACAAAAUCACCUUCGGGGACACCAAAAAGUGAAGAAAAGCUAAACGCAAUCAGGCUCCGCCCUACCCCUUUCAGGAGGAAGAAUCCUAGUCGUUCCAUGCCCAUGCAUCAGAGUCAAAAGUUGCUUCAUCGACGCAGAGAUAGCUGCGAAGGAAAUAAAAAGAGGGAUACUAUAAGGUCACAAACAAAGGGUUCACAAAAACAGGAAAGCGAAGCUUACCAGCUUCGUCGAGAUUCAAUCCCUCCAACAUCUCCACCUCCUUAUCCGAAGGUAGAGCCGACGACCCACCGGGGAAAUCCCCGCCCCUGAGAGAGAGCAGCGUCUCACCAUCCACAAUCUCCCCCUCCUCGACACCUGCCGCAAGGGUAGGCGUGGCGACCGCCGUCAUCGGGGCCGGAUCCUUCGGGGCAACGGCCGCAGCCCUGGUGGGCUUAGCCUCUGGCGGCUUCGGAAUGUCUGAAGGCCUGGAGCCAGUCUUAACGAGACUCUGAAUCCUCUGGCGUUUUGUUAUACCUUCGGGGGAACAAUAAAGAUUAAUCAGCGCCCUCGCCACUUCAACCCGACGGCCGGAACCAAAAAGCAUGGUCCCGUACUCAUCGCUAAGAUCAUAACGGGAUAUAAAAAGCCUCCCUUCGGGAACUACAAUCUCCCCACCCACCGUCCCCAUGAGCUCUUCCAUAAACGAGGGCGUACCGCUAUCGCCUGAAGAAACCUCCUCAUCUUGUGCCUUCCUCUUGGCGCUCUCAGCCCUCGCAACAGAAACCUUCGUGCUCGAAGGUUUCCGGCCACGCCCGCGCCCUCGCGUGCCAACAGCCCCGGAACUCCCCACCUCCUCCACCUUAGCCUUACCUUUAGACUUCGACCCGGGAACCUCCGAACCAACGUUCCCGGGCGGCGUCAUUCUCGGAAUGGCGUUCGCCGGCACCGGCCGAGGCUCAUAAGCCACGCCCAUCUCAGGCAAACACCGGUUCAACCGACUGUUCUCCCCACACACCUCCACCAAAGAACCAUACUCCUUCCUGUUCCAGGGACCCAAUAUCUCCGCAGCCUGCCACUCCAGCUCAGCCACUAUAACUUCGUCGCUGCAACCUUCGGGUCUCCGAAGCCCAAAAACCGGAGAUGUCACGUCAUACUUCAAGCCAGCAAAACGCUUACGCUCGAACCUCAACGGAGACCUGCCAGCAGACAAAGGCCAAACCUUCAUAGCCAAAAACUCCUCCACCACAUCCCUACUACCACAAAUUUGGCAAGCCGUCAUGAAGGCCUCCAGGCAUGAUUUGAAACCCGGCCCACGCUUGCUGAAGGUAGGCUGAUAGACGUGUUCGAACAUCUCGAUGUCCGAAGCCAGUAGAUACUUCUCCUCGUCAGAACCUUCGGGAUCAGGAAAGCCAAUCUUGACGUAAAACCAGUAUCCCAACCAAUUCCCCUCCCACUUGUUCUUAUAAGCCGUCGAAAGCAUAACCUUCUCUAGGCCAAUCCUCUUGUUCGGCUUGCGAGGAACUAAGGUGCAACAGCCGUUCUGAACCUCGCUAAGCUCAGCGUCCUCAUCCACAUACACCUUGCGAGGCUGGCAGUGCAGCUGAAAAAGCCUACAAAAGGCAUCCACGGACACUUCUCCUCCGAAGGUCCGCACCACCCACAAAAACAUGGACAAAGCAACAAUCCCGUUCGGGGUGAAGUGGUGCAGCAUCACGUUGAAUGGCUCCAAAAGUUUCGGCACAAGUGGAUCCAUCGGAAGUCUAAGCCCCGCAGUAAAAAAAAUCCUUAAAAACCACAACCUCGCCGGUCUCUGGUACAGGAAUCACUUCCGCCCCUGGAGGACGACAAACACCUUCGGCGAAAUAGCCUUUCGAAACGUAGAAGUCUAUCGUGCUCUGAGAAACAACAGAUGGCUCGAAAAGUAGAGUCUUACGUUUCUCCGGAGCCAUUAGUUCCGAAACAUCCGCGGACACCGCCGAAAGGCUCUCGCUGAACUGCUGCUGCUGAGGCAGCUGUGAAGCACCCGCCUCUCCUUCGGGAGCUAGACCAGAGUCUGCACGAAGAACCGCCCUCUUAAUGAAUGCCAUAUCUACACAAAAACGAAGAAAGACAAAUUAGGAAAAAGGUUCAAACGAACCUUCGAUCAGCCUCGUUGUUUGCUUAGUACGAGCCAUGAACCAGUAAUCCACUUACACCAAGAAAAACGAGCAGCUUGAUCACGCACGAAAGCGGAAUCUUUGGAAGAAGCGCUUUAUAGUGGAAAGCGUCGAAGGUAAGCAAAGCUCGAAAGGGCACAGGAUUUAGCCCCCUCCUCCGCUUAUAUAGGCAAGGGAAAGCAACAGUACCAACGGUAAAAUCGAGGAGACGGCCGCCCAAGCGGCGCAAUCGAAGCCUGACACGUACGCCACCAAAACCGACCGUUGUAGCCGACGGUUCGGGAGAAAUUUUUCAUCGGGAGCUUCCCGAAGGUUACGCGCAAUCAUCUUCAUUAACGCGGGUUCAGACCGUCGGCUUCGGACCUCGCCCUCGAGGGGCUACUGUUGGGGAUUGGACCGUCGGGAAUGCGCCCGGAGGUUAAUCCCAGCCUCGAAAACAUCUCCUAACCUGUCUGCAGGGCUCCGGUGUUGGGUAACAAGCGCGCACGAAGGGUGCUCAGUGCCAACAAAGACACCGGGGACCGAGAAGCUCACCUUCGGGACCGAAGGUGAGGGCCGAACACUCAGGAGCACAAGCCUGAGGUCCGCAACCUAUGAAGCUUCGAAGGAGUCACCUUCGGGAGACCGAAGGAGACAGUCGAUCGCACCGUCGGCAAGCCGAAGGUGACAAGUGGCUACUCAGAAGCACAAGCUUAAAGAUCAAGACCUUCGCCGCCGACAAAGGAAGGAUCCCAUCUUCGGGCGGCCGAAGGUGACGGCUGAUCGCUUGAAGAUGGAGCAUUCAGGGGUGCGACCUCCGAAGUACCCCGAAGGACUUGAAGCCCUUCGGCGGGUGUAGGCGUGCGUGUAAAACGUGAAUACGUGAGAAGGUCGGAUUUGUACACCUUUCACCUUGUAAUUUUACCUCGGAACCGGCUGUAAGUGAGCCGUAAAUGAGUUGGAAGGGGGCAAUUUGGGGAAACCUGGCCGAGGCCUAGGGGUAUAAAUAGCCCCCUUUCUCCACAGUGUAAAGGGUGGAAUUUUCUGGUUAUUGCUGGAGAAUUAAGUGCCUAUCUUCAUUGCCAUUUUUAUACUGUUCAUGCUCCCUGUUUGGGUAUCUAAGAAGCUGAGAUCCCAACAGAAAUUGUAGUAUACAUGUCUGUGUAAUCCAUUGGCCGUCUAGUGUAGGCUACCAUGUUGGGUGCUCUGACAUCUUCAAGUCCUUCAUAAACUCAUUCAUGUCAUUUUGUGGUUUUCCCAUGAAACUGAAACUGCUACGCUGUUGUAUA